AUGGCCACCCCUGAGUACUGCACCGCAGACUUCUCGCUUAUUCCGAUCGGCUCCAAAGACGUCUCUUUCUCCAAGCAAGUUGCCGAGAUUCAGCGUCUGAUCCAGAACACCGGCCUCAAGUCCCAGAUGCACGCCACUGGCACCACUGUUGAAGGAACAUGGGACCAAGUAUCACAGACCAUCGGCUGCGCGCACACCAUGAUCCACAACGAAGGAGUGGGCCGAAUCCAGACGGAUAUUCGGAUUGCGACGAGGACCGACAAGAUGCAGCCGAUGGAGGAGAGUAUUUCCUCGGUGCAGAGAAUGAUGUCGUCUACUUGA